GAGAAGAGGCAGGGACGGUCGCAUUGGGGGAAACGGGUUAACCGUUAGAAAAGGGGUGUGGAAAGAGUAGAGAGAGAGAGAGAGAGAGAGGCCAAAGGAGUGGGGCCAUAUAAAGAGCAACAGAACACAAGCCAGCCUUGUCUGUCCCGCUCACUUAGACCUCACAGGAAACUCCCAACUCCCUCGGCCCUCACACACUCGUUAUCACUUACCACACUUUUUACUCUCAUACACAGCCCCACCGGAUUGCUGAGUCUGACCAGAGAGGAUGCCUGCGCCCGUGUGGAGAAUGAAUGGGCUCUGGAGAAGGAUGGCUGGAGUUCUGGUGCUCUGCGCUCUAAUGCUCAGCAGUGAGGUGAUGUGUCAAAGCACUGCAGCAACAACCGCAUCAUCAACAAACAUCACUGCUGAGCACGAUGCUACUGUCUCUGCUUCAACUCCAGGCACCACUGCUGCCCCAGGUGUAGAUGUCAGUCCUACUGUUCCUGGCAGUAUCUUUCAAUCUGAUACUUCUGCUGGUCCUAAAAGUAGCUCAUUGCCAGAGACCAUUAUAUUGAAUCCUGACAACCAGGAUGUAAGUACCUCGGAGAAGACUGCUGCCCUCAUGCCCAACAUUGGUAAAACGUCGCUUGAUGUGAAGUGUGUUGGCAAGGAUGACAUCCAAAAAAGUAAUGCCAUCAGGGCUGUGGUGCAAACACAUGAUUGUGAAACAACUAAACUCAUUAUUCUGGAGAACGCUACAGGCUUGUGCGACAAGGAACGCUGUAAUGUAGAAAUCUUCCAAGAUGGCAACACAAUGCUACUGACCAGUGAUGAUGCUGAGUUGAGUACUUUGACUGAAGCGUUCCUGAGUGGACAUUUGAAAGACAAGCUGGGUGUGACAAAGACUGAGAGCCCAUCAUCACAUGGGGGCAAAUCAAACAAUCUGAAUAAUUCCUCUGUAUUUGUGGGAAUACUGGUCAGUGGUCUGCUUGCCGCCCUUGCAAUCACUUUAGGUUACUUGAAAUGCCAACGCAGGUCUGACACCAAGGGAGUGACGCUGGCAGAGGAGGCCUAUCCAGUAGAUCAGGAGAACCAGGGGAACACUCUUGUAUCUGUGGCCCCCCUCAAUCCCCCUCCAGAAACCCAGGAGAAACCCAGCAUAAAUGGAGAGUCCCCUGAGGCAGCCAAGACCCAGCCUCCUCCUCCCACCAACGGCCACUCCACCACCAAGACAGCAGACACCGAGCUGUGAAAUAGUCUACAAAUAAUUGCAGCCCAGGAACUACCCCUAUAAACACACCCAUACACACAUGCUUAUGCAUACUCACCUCCCUUUCUGAGUCCACUCCUGCCCAACCACAGAGAGUUCACAGCAAAGUGGACAUCAGGGACUAGAACAAUCUCCUACAUCAACACUCCUCUUGUUAUGGUCCCCUUGCCUCCUCCUUUGGCUAUGUGCCUCAGUAAACAUCAGGAAAACUAGUCUGGUGAUGACGAUGAUGGCGUUGAUGAAUGAAUGAUGUUGAUGAUGAUGAAGGCUCAGUCCCUGGGUUGUUGGCAGGCUAGAAACGAGAGACAGGAGAUGGACAGUUCUGGGUGGGAAGCGAGUGUAAUUUUAACAUUAAUCAGCACUGGUUCCCAUGAUGACUGCAGCCUCUGGAGUCACAGCCGUGUGCUGUCAGCACACAGCAGGGUCUCUGCCUGUCAUCAGGUUUAAAGCUCCAACUAACCACUAGUAAAUACAGCAUAAGCACAUAAAUGAAAUUGUUCCUUAGUUUAUUGUAAAGCCAUGACAGACAGAGAGGAAUCUAUUUACAAACCUCUCAGAGAGAAAAUCCAUUGGGCUCUUUCUUGUUUCUCUGAUUGAGUUAUUGAUGGUGUAUAGGUGUGCGAAUGUGUGUAUAUGUGUGUCUGCUUUUUAACGUAUACUUGCAUCUGUACUGUGCAUGGACUCUAUGUAUAUCCACACAUGCAUCUAAGCUUGCUUACUGUAUGUAUGCGUGGUUGAUGGCAAGUGGUAGAUUUUGAUCAGGUAUGUGAGCGAGUGACGAGUCUGAAUGUGCAUGUGACAUUAGCCAUGAAAAGUACACAAUUUUGUAAAAUGAAGUUGACAAAGUGAUGGCUUACUGAGUCAGUCGGUCCCCAUGGUGAGGAGGAAGGAGUAUUAAAGUUUUAAUCACAUCACUUUCUUGAAGAGGGGUAGCCGCAAGGAAUAAUCCAAUCUAUCACUGCAAACUGUAGUGAAAUCAAUCACAAAACCAACGGGCCUCUUUACAGUGGCUUCAUAGUCACUGCUGAAAAUCAUGAGACUGAAUGUCUGACUAACAGACUCAUAAAGGCCUCGGACGCAGAGCCUCUUACUGUCAGCUCUGUCCAUCCGUUUGUCAGUGUUAUUCUCUUUUCAAUAUACUGUAUAUGCUCUUUUUACUAUCAGUAUUCUAUUGAGCAAUAUGUAUAGUAUGGUGCCUUUUUUGUCCUGUUUUUAUUUUUUGUACCCACACUUGUUAUGUUACUACUAUGUGCCAAAGAAUUUCAUUUCAUAGCUUAUGUUGAAAAUAUGUACUUCUGUGGCACCUUUACAAAUCUUGAUCCAGGUCAUACAAAAUAAAGAAAUAUGUUCAAUGGCUAUGACUGUUUGAAAGAAGCAUCUAGUGGACCAAAUCUGUGAAAAAAAAUGUUGUCCUGUAAUUCACAUGCUGAUAUACCUGAGAUUAAAUAGAAAAGGAAACUGCAGUGUUUUUUAGUCAAACUGGGACAAAGAAAAAUAUUCUGAUAUAUAAAUGGGAUAUCUCGGAUUGAUUUCUCCUUUCAAUCCAUUUUGUAUCUUUUCAUUGCUAACAUUCCAAUGUGACUGUUUCAUUUUACUAGCACCCUGUAGUUUAAAUUGGAAAAUAAAAGGCGAAAAAUAAAUAACUUUUUAUGAA